AUGUCUGCCAUACAGGAAUGUGGCUUUGCAGACAAGUUUGACCGUCCUUGUACCGAGUGUUUAUUUCAGGAAGUGCUGUCCUUCUGGGAUGUGGCCAUUGAUUUCUCUCCAGAAGAGAAGGAAUGCCUGGAGCCUGCUCAGUGGAAUUUGUACAGGGACGUGAUGUUGGAGAACUACAGCAACCUUGUAUUCCUGGGUCUUGCUGCCUCUAAGCCACACCUCGUGACAUUUCUGGAGCAAAGACAAGGGCCUUUGGAUGUGAAGAGACAAGCAGCAGCUACCGUGCAUCCGGGUCUCUGCAUCUUGUCGGAAGUGCUGUCCUUCUGGGAUGUGGCCAUUGAUUUCUCUCCAGAAGAGUGGGAAUGCCUGGAGCCUGCUCAGUGGAAUUUGUACAGGGACGUGAUGUUGGAGAAUUACAGCAACCUUGUGUUCCUUGGUCUUGCUGUGUCUAAGCCACAGCUGGUGACAUUUCUGGAGCAAAGACAAGGGCCUAUUGGCGUGAAGAGACAAGCAGCAAGCCCGGUGCCCUCAGGAACAAUAAGAAACAAGUUUAACACUCACAGCAAGAUCAUUGAUCAUAGCUCAGUAGGUAUUCAAGUCCAGAGGAUUCGUAAAGGGGAGAAACCCUACAAGUGUGAAGAAUGUGGAAAGGCCCUCAGUUCUCGUAAAACACUUUCUAUACACCAGAGACGUCAUACUGGAGAAAAACCCUACCAGUGUAAAGAAUGUCAUAAGGCCUUUAGUAGUCGCUCAUCACUUUUUAUACAUCAGAAAAAUCAUACUGAUGAAAAAACCUACAAGUGUGAGGAAUGUGGCAAAUUAUUUUACUAUCCUUCAAUGUUGAAGCAACAUCAAAGAAUUCAUUCUGAAGACAAACCCUACAAGUGUGAAGAAUGUGGCAAAGCUUUUUAUGACCCCUCAUUCCUUAAGCAACAUAAAAGAGUUCAUUGUGGAGAGAAACCACACAAGUGUGAAGAAUGUGGCAAAGCUUUUUAUGACCCUUCAUUCCUCAAGCAGCAUCAAAAAGUUCAUUGUAGAAAGAAACCACACAAGUGUGAAGAAUGUGGCAAACCAUUUCCCUCUGCUUUACUUCUUAACCAACAUAAAGAAACUCAUUCUGGACAGAAAAACUUCAAGUGUAAAAAAUGUGGCAUAUCCUUUUACUAUCGUUCAAUGCUGAAGCGACAUCAAAGAAUUCAAUCUGGAGAGAAUCCUUACAAGUGUGAAAAAUGUGGCAAAAGAUUUUUCUGUUCUCCACACCUUCAGAAACAUCAAACAAUUUACAAUGGAGAGAAACAAGAUGAGUGUGAAGAUUGUCAUAAAACCUGUUGUCAUUAUGCAGCUUUUAAGAGACACAAGAUAGCUCAUACUGGAGAAAAACCCUACAAGUGUGAAAACUGUGGCAAAGGUUUUUCCUCAUCUUCAUCCCUUCGAAGGCAUCAAAAAAAAUUUCACUGAAAAAAAUUUCUACAUAGGUGAGGAAUGGGGAAAGGCCUUUGUUACUUUUUAUUUUCCUGAAUACUAGGUAGUCCAUACUGGGGAGAAACCUGACAACAGUCUUAAAAAGUUACAAUUCCUCAGCCCUCAGAAGAUAUCAAAUGAGUCAUUCUGAAUGCAAACUCCGUGAGUGUGUGCAGUGUGGCAAAAUCUUUGCUAGCAAUUUAGUUCUUAAUUAACUCAAAUGAAUCCAUACUACAGACUGUUAAGUUAAUUAUUUUGGAAUGUCAACACAAACAUCUAAUUUCUAUCAGCACAAAUCCUAAGAAUGUUAUCAGAGAACAUUAGCGAAUUCUCUUUAUUGUAACCUCCCCACCAGUAUGUUCAACCAGUGUGUUAAAAAUCUGGCAUUAAUUGAUGAGUUUCUUUUCUCUGUAACUAUAAAUGUUCAAGAAACUGU